AUGUCGCAGCAUUUCGUAUCGAUAUUUGAAAACCUGCGCUUUGUGGCCAUCAAUCGAACCUCAAAAGCGCAGCAGCAACAACAACAGCAGCAGCAGCAGCAGCAACAGCAGCAGCAACAGUCGCCAGUGGCCGCAGCCAAGUCGAAUAGCAACAGAAUCAAAGCGCAAGCAACGCCAACACUUAAUGGCAAUGGACCCGCACUCUUGAGCACAAAUGCUGAUGGGCAUGGAGCUGCUGCUGCUGCUGAAGUAGCUGCAGCCACAAGCAGCACAGCAGCAGCAACAACAAUGGGAGCUAGUGGCAGCGGCGCCAGCGUUGGCGGCACGCCAUUGAAAAGCCACAAGCGCGCAAGCAUCUCGACUGCUGCCUCGCCGCAAAGUGCGCGUGAAAGACGUGGCACCAACACCAGCAUAGUUGUUGAGCUGGAUGCAGGCGGAGGUGGAGGCGGAGGAGCUACAGGAAUUCAUGGAGCUGGCGCUUCGGGUAGCGGCACUGCAUCGAGCAAAAGUUCACGCGAACUUUCGCCCACCCCGAAAAAUCAACAGCCAAGAAAAAUGUCACAGGAUUAUCGCUCGCGUGCCGGCAGCUUCAUGCACAUGGACGACGAGGGACGCAGCCUGCUGAUGCGCAAGCCCAUGCGGCUAAAGAACAUCGAGGGUCGCCCCGAGGUCUACGAUACGCUGCACUGCAAGGGGCGCGAGAUAUUGAGCUGCUCCAAAGCCACCUGCACGAGCAGCAUCAUGCAUCUGGGCAAUGCGCCCGUGGAAGCGCGUAAAACGGAUUUGGUGCUGGAGCAUGCAAAGGAUUUUCUGGAGCAGUACUUCACCUCGAUUAAGCGCUCCUCGUCGGCGGCGCAUGAGACGCGCUGGAAACAAGUGCGCCAGAGCAUUGAGUCGUCAGCCUGUUACCAACUAACCGAAACGGAGCUCAUCUAUGGCGCCAAAUUGGCCUGGCGUAACUCAUCCCGCUGCAUUGGUCGCAUACAGUGGUCCAAGCUGCAGGUAUUUGACUGUCGUUAUGUGACCACAACCAGCGGCAUGUUUGAGGCUAUUUGCAAUCACAUCAAAUAUGCAACCAACAAGGGCAAUCUCAGAUCUGCCAUCACAAUAUUUCCACAACGCACCGAUGGGCGUCACGAUUAUCGCAUUUGGAAUAAUCAGUUGAUUUCCUAUGCUGGCUAUAAGCAGACCGAUGGCAAAAUAAUUGGCGAUCCAAUGAAUGUGGAAUUCACAGAGGUUUGCACCAAGUUGGGCUGGAAGGGCAAGGGCAGCGAGUGGGACAUUUUACCGCUGGUGGUAUCGGCCAAUGGUCACGAUCCGGACUAUUUUGAUUAUCCGCCGGAGCUAAUAUUGGAAGUGCCGCUAAGUCAUCCCAAAUUUGAGUGGUUUACGGAUUUGGGCUUACGCUGGUAUGCACUGCCCGCCGUAUCGAGCAUGCUGUUCGAUGUGGGCGGCAUACAGUUUACGGCAACCACAUUCAGUGGCUGGUACAUGUCAACGGAGAUUGGCUGUCGGAAUUUAUGCGACACAAAUCGUCGCAAUAUGUUGGAGACAGUGGCGUUGAAAAUGCAGCUGGAUACACGCACACCCACAUCCUUGUGGAAGGACAAGGCGGUGGUGGAGAUGAACAUUGCCGUGUUGCAUUCGUAUCAGAGCCGCAAUGUGACCAUUGUGGAUCAUCAUACGGCCAGCGAAAGUUUUAUGAAACAUUUCGAGAACGAAUCGAAAUUGCGCAAUGGCUGCCCCGCGGAUUGGAUAUGGAUUGUGCCGCCGCUAUCUGGCUCAAUAACGCCCGUGUUCCAUCAGGAGAUGUCGUUGUACUAUUUAAAGCCCUCAUUUGAAUAUCAGGAUCCCGCUUGGCGCACACAUGUGUGGAAAAAGGGACGCGGCGAUAGCAAAAGCAAGAAGCCUCGACGCAAAUUCAAUUUUAAACAAAUCGCCAGAGCUGUAAAAUUUACAUCGAAAUUAUUUGGACGCGCUCUGUCGAAACGCAUCAAAGCAACUGUGCUCUAUGCCACCGAGACUGGCAAAUCGGAGCAGUAUGCCAAGCAAUUAUGUGAGCUAUUGGGACAUGCCUUCAAUGCACAGAUAUAUUGCAUGUCCGAUUACGAUAUAUCCUCCAUUGAGCACGAGGCUUUGCUGAUUGUGGUGGCCUCGACCUUUGGCAACGGUGAUCCACCCGAAAAUGGCGAGCUAUUCUCACAGGAGCUGUAUGCGAUGCGUGUGCAGGAGUCGAGCGAGCAUGUACUACAGGAUUCCAGCAUGGGGGUCAGCUCGUCCAAGUCGUUUAUGAAGGCCAGCUCCAGGCAGGAUUUCAUGAAACUGCCGCUGCAACAAGUGAAGAGAAUCGAUCGCUGGGACUCGCUGCGUGGCUCCACCUCGGACACGUUUACGGAUGAAACAUUUGGGCCGCUCUCCAAUGUUCGCUUUGCCGUCUUCGCUUUGGGCUCAUCGGCAUAUCCGAAUUUCUGCGCUUUCGGGCAGUAUGUGGACAAUAUAUUGGGUGAGCUGGGUGGCGAGCGGCUGCUGAAGGUCGCCUAUGGCGAUGAGAUGUGCGGACAGGAGCAAUCGUUUCGCAAAUGGGCGCCAGAGGUUUUUAAGCUGGCAUGCGAAACCUUCUGCCUGGAUCCGGAUCAGAGCCUGUCGGACGCUUCGCUGGCACUACAGAACGAGUCCCUGACGGUGAACACAGUGCGUCUGGUGCCCUCAGUGAGCAACGCGACGCUGGACAGCGCACUCUCCAAGUAUCACAACAAGAAGGUGCAUUGCUGCAAGAUCAAGGCGCAGCCGCUUAAUCUCACCAAGCUGAGCGAGGGCUCCAAGACAACGAUGCUGCUGGAGAUAUGCGCACCAGGGCUGGAGUACGAGCCGGGCGAUCAUGUGGGCAUCUUUCCAGCGAAUCGUGCGCAAAUUGUGGAGGGGCUGCUGCAGCGGCUGGUGGGCGUGGAUAAUCCCGAUGAGGUGCUGCAGCUGCAGCUGCUCAAGGAGAAGCAAACCUCCAAUGGCAUCUUCAAGUGCUGGGAGCCGCACGACAAGAUACCCGCCGAUACGCUGCGUAAUCUGCUGGCGCGUUUCUUUGAUCUGACCACGCCGCCAUCGCGACAGCUGCUAACGCUGCUCGCUGGAUUCUGUGAGGAUGCUGCGGAUACGGAGCGGCUGCAGCUGCUGGUCACAGACUCGUCGGCGUAUGAGGACUGGCGUCACUGGCGCUUGCCGCAUUUGCUUGAUCUGCUGCAGGAGUUCCCCUCCUGUCAUCCGCCGGCUGCGCUGGUGCUCGCCCAUCUGACUCCACUUCAAGCUCGCUUCUACUCCAUCAGCAGCUCGCCGCGUCGCGUCAGCGAUGAAAUCCACUUGACAGUGGCCAUUGUCAAAUAUCGCUGCGAGGAUGGCCAAGGCGACGAGCGCUAUGGCGUGUGUUCCAACUACUUGGCCGGACUGCGUGCCGACGACGAUCUUUACAUGUUUGUGCGCAGCGCUUUGGGCUUUCAUCUGCCGGCGGAUCGCAGUCGUCCGGUGGUGCUCAUAGGUCCCGGCACGGGCAUAGCUCCGUUUCGCUCCUUCUGGCAGGAGUUCCAGGUGCAGCGUGAGGUGGACACGGCCGUGGCCUUGCCCAAGCUUUGGCUCUUCUUUGGCUGUCGCAAUCGCGAUGUGGAUUUGUAUGCUGAGGAAAAGGCGCAACUGCUGCAGGAUCAGAUACUAGAUCGUGCUUUUCUGGCUUUAUCGCGUGAGCCAGAUAUACCCAAGACAUAUGUACAGGAUCUGAUUGAGCAGGAAUUUGAUGCGUUGUACAAUUUGAUUGUGCAGCAGCGGGGACACGUGUAUGUCUGCGGGGAUGUCACCAUGGCCGAGCAUGUCUACCAGACCAUCAGAAAGUGCAUUGCAUUGAAGGAGCAGAAGACCGAAGCGGAAGUUGAAACCUUCUUGUUAACCUUGCGCGACGAGAAUCGCUAUCAUGAGGACAUCUUCGGCAUCACGCUGCGCACAGCUGAGAUACAUACAAAGUCACGUGCCACCGCAAGGAUUCGCAUGGCAUCGCAGCCAUAGAAUAGCUGAAGUGCGUUUACUUUGGCUUGAAGUGAUGUAAAAAAUGCUCAACAUAAACAUAAAAAUAUUGCAUUAUGCAGUAAUAAUUGAAUACGAUUAUGAUAAUAUUUAUUUAGACAUUUUUU